CAAAGCCGCCAUAUUGGAUCCGGAAGUCAGACAGCCGGAUGCAUGUAAACAUCCACGUCAACGAGCAGCUGAAGUUUCAGGAAACGGGAUUAAAUUGACAGGAUUAUUUUCUUAUUUUCUGCCUCCAAACGUACGCGUUAUCGUGCAGUAGCUGCGGCGACGUGCUGGGUAUAGGAAUAGCGGACUGUGAGCGGGAGUAAUGACUUCGCUGGCGCAGAGGAGCACCUCGGGCCUGGUGCAGCGGCGGACAGAGGCCUCGCGUAACGCCGCCGACAAGGAGAAGAGCUCCGUCGGCGACGAGCACGAAGAGCGCCGCGAGGACGAGGACGAGGACGAGCGCGGAGACUCGAAGGAGACGCGGCUGACGCUGAUGGAGGAAGUGCUGCUUCUGGGACUGAAAGACAGAGAGGGUUACACCUCAUUCUGGAAUGACUGCAUAUCUUCAGGCCUGAGGGGCUGCAUGCUAAUCGAGCUCAGCCUCCGAGGACGACUUCAACUCGAACCCUGCGGUAUGAGGAGGAAAAGCCUGCUGGCCAGAAAGGUGCUGUGUAAAUCGGACACACCCACAGGAGAUGUGCUGUUAGACGAGGCGCUGAAACACGUGAAGGAAACGCAGCCGCCUGAGACGGUGCAAAACUGGAUAGAGCUGCUUAGCGGGGAGACGUGGAAUCCCAUGAAGCUCCACUACCAACUUCGCAACGUUCGUGAGCGCCUGGCGAAGAACCUGGUGGAGAAGGGCGUGCUGAGCACGGAGAAGCAGAACUUCCUGCUGUUCGACAUGACCACGCACCCGCUGAGCAACAGCACGGUGAAGCAGCGCCUCGUCAAGAAGCUCCAGGAAGCCAUGCUCGACAAGUGGGUGAGGGAGCCACAGCGCAUGGACAAACGUCUGCUGGCGCUCAUCCUCCUCGCGCACUCCUCCGACGUGCUGGAGAACGCUUUCGCGCCGCUGCUGGACGAGCAGUACGAGCUUGCCACAAAGCGGGUCCGCACGCUGAUCGAGCUCGAACCGGAGGCCGAGGCCACCAAAUCCGGCGCCAACGAGCUGCUCUGGGCCGUCGUGGCCGCUUUCACCAAAUAAGAGGAAGAGAGUGGACUUUAUAUCUGAAGAACAUGCAAGAGAGAAUGAGAGACCGUGGCUGCUCGCACCGAACGAAAGGGAACGAGAGAAAACUCAUAACCCUCGGAUUUAUAGCUCGGGUUAAACUGGAGGUGGUGGGACUAUAAUAAUAGUGGAAUUCCUAAUAAUGAAGGACAAUUAUUCUAAUGAUGAUUAUAAUAACAUUUCUCGAUGAAACCAAUCUCCGCGACAUGGAGAUUUUGUGUAAUUCAGAAAACAAAUGAUCGUUUCUCUGUGAGAGUUAUUUUUUUUUUUUCUUCACUUGACCAUGUCUUUCACUUGAGGACAACUCGGUCCGCCUGUACACAGGUGUCCACCAAUGCACGUUCAGCAAGGAACGAUUCAGCCGUCUGGUUAAGAAAUCACUGCCCUCGUGUCCACCUUAUAAUAAAACAAGUGGUUCGGUGAGAAAAACAAACAAAAAAAAAAAACUUACACUGUACACAAUUGCACAGCUUUCCUUUACGAGCAACAAGACUUUACGCUCGGCCAGUCUACUAAUUCAAAUCUAUCUCGAAGUAUCUUUUUUUUUUCUUCCCCCAGAAACAUUUGCCACAGAAAUGUAUGAACGUAUUGCUGAUCAAGGUGAAAUCAGAUAUUAUUAUUAUUAUUAUUAUUAUUAUUAUUAUUAUUAUUAUUAUUAUUACAUCCCGUUAUCGCGACUGAGAAUUGAUCCUCGUGCAGGCCUAAAAAAGACCAUCUUUUGUUCCCAAGUAUAUUUAUUUAACACAUCUGAUCCUUAAAAAGGUCAUUUUUAAUGUUUUUCAUUUAUUUUCCAAAUGACCAGACAUCUGCAGAGCUGGUGUGUGAUUUAUUAUGUUUACUAGCAGUUCCCCGUCAGCUUGAAUUCUUUUGAGUACUUCGGCGUCUCCCCGUAUUGAAAGUAAUUCUGACACGCAAAUGUUUCGCAAAUGUUAUAUAUUUUUUUCCACUCAGUUAGUUUUCUAGCUAGGACAUAAUUCAGGGUUUCCCCCAAAGAGAGGGAAAGUACGCGUGUCCAGUGCGCAUGAGCGAUAUAAUGCACAUCAUAUGUAUUUCCAAACUUGAUAUUUGCACACUUCUUAAAGCAGCCCAGUUGUGUGUUUGCGUGUGUGUGUGUUUUUUUUUUUCUGUCCAGCAGGUGGCAGUAUAAUUGAGCCAUUUCCCCUUACAGUUCUGUAGUAAGACAGAAUGCGAAGCCAGUGAACAAAUGCUUGAGUAGUCAGUUUCUCCUAAUUUACAAGUAAUAAUAAAGGACAUCACACUCGCCCACACUCGCAGGACAGGUAGGGGAUAGUGUGUGCUGCAAAACUCCUGAUUUAUAAAUAUUUAUCAUUAAAUAGGCAUAAUUACUUCAUUUGAUAUUCUCUAAUCACUUUAUUUUUCAAGGUGAACAGAAUCAUAAUGCACAAAUACGUUAUGUAGAAGAAGAAAUGUAAUGGCCCACAAGAGGAUUUUGCAGUAAACAGACAUCGUUUUAGUGCCACCUUAAAAAAGAAAUGUAAGAAUAAAGCGCACCAGUGUUUAAUUCCUUUCUUUUAAUGUUCUCAUCCUCAUAGUCUCUUAAGAAACAACAUAUCCUCAUUGAAUAGCACGCAGAUGUAAGCAUCGAUAUCUUUCAGAAUGGCAAUUUCCUCAAUGCCCGUAUGAUUAUUUUAUUUAUUUUUUUUUUAUAUUAAGUGUCCUACAGAAUUGCUUCAGUGUCUGUUUACUGUUUGUGCUGGUAAGUUAAAAUAGGAUUGAACUAAUUUUAUGCCAAACAGUUAAACGUUUCUUGCAAUUCUGUCAUUUUUCCUAAAAUGUUACCACUUUAAUUUCGUAUCGCUACGGCAUUAUUCUCAAAAUGUUUUGCCUUUAUUCUUCGUAGUGCUGCAACUUUACUCUCUCAGUGCUAUGACUUUAAUCUCGUAAUCAGAUUUUUUUUAAAGGUGGCACUAAAAUGCUGCAAAUUUCAAAUGUUCUCAAAAUAAAACCUUGUUUCUAUGUACAAGCUCAGACACACUAAUGCAACUCGAUACCCCGUUUUCUUGCCCUAUGAAAAGGUUGUCAUCUUAUUUUUUUGCUAUUAUAUUUUUCAACACUAUAAUAUAAUUAAAACAUUUCCAGAUCUAUUUGUAAUACAGUGAGUUUCUCUGUUUUGUUUGGGUUGUUUAUAGGGUUGUACUAAUACAGUGUCUGACUGUUGGAUUAGAAACUUCUUAAAAUCGCUAGAUCAUUACCAAAUUUCACAUUUUCUGGCCCAGUCCACUGACAUUCAUCUGUCCUUAUUCCAUUUUAAAGCUCAUCUUUUGUUGCACGAAACACAGCGUUGAUAUAUUUUUUUUCUGUGGAACGAGAACGGAUCAGUUCAUCCCUACUCCUUUUCCAAGCCCCAAACUGUGAAUGAGAAGACGUUUUGGGCUGUUAAUUAACUACGGUGUAGAAGUAGUUUUGCUGCGAAAUUGUGGAAAAUUGUGUAUUUGUACAAAUGCUUUUUACCUUGUAAUAAAGGACCAUCCUAUAAGUGCCUGAACUGGACGGAAA